AUGGUGGAUAGAGAGAGGGAAGAAGUAGUAGUGAUAAGGGAGUUCGAAGAAGAAAGAGAUGUGAAAGUGGUGGGGAAGCUUGAGAGGAACUGUGAGAUUGGGACUAAAGAAGGGCUCUCCAUCUUUACCAACUUGCUUGCUAAUCAUCCUUUUUCUAGGAUUUGCUUCUACCCUCUUCGUCUCAUCUUGGUAGCUGAGGUGGUAGAAAGUGGUGAGAUUGUAGGAGUGGUUCGAGGAUGCAUUAAGACAAUAGGGUCUCAUUAUUCAGGGUCACUCUUCAAGAUGGGUUCUAUACUUGGCCUUCGGGUCUCUCCUACUUAUCGAAGAAAAGGGGUAGGACAAAAGCUAGUGAACUCAGUUGAAGAAUGGAUGCUAAGAAAUGGAGCAGAGUACUCAUUCGUUGCCACAGAGAAGAACAACACUGCCUCCACCAACCUAUUCUCCCUCAAAUGCCACUACCUCAAUCUCACUUCUCUCCACAUUUUCGUCCACCCCACUACUUUCCCUCCCAGCGGGCACAUCGUCUCCGGCGCCGGCGCCACCAGCAGACAGGUCAAAGUACAGAAGCUCAACAUAACCCAAGCCAUCUCCUUGUACACCAGAACCUUAAAACACAAAGACCUAUAUCUCACAGACAUGGACCUUAUCUUGAAAGAGAAGCUCAGCCUCGGCACUUGGGUAGCGUACUACAAAGACGAUGGUAAUUGGGAACUCGACAAUGAAACUAACAAUGUUCCAACUUCUUGGAUUGUAUUUAGCAUAUGGAACACCUGUGAAGCCUAUAAGCUUCAGGUUAGGUCAAAGUAUAAGCCAUUUAGGGUUUUAAUUCACACGACUCUGAACCAUGCAAGAGACAAGAUCUUCCCUUGUCUGAGAAUCCCUGUGAGCGACUCGCUGUCGAGGCCGUUUGGGUUUCUGUUCAUGUAUGGGCUCCAUGGGGAAGGAGACAACCUCGGAGAGCUCAUGGAAUGUGCGUGGAGGUUCACGUCGAGGUUGGGGGAAAAGAUGAAGGACUGUAAAGUCGUUAUAACUGAGCUAGGGUUUGGUGAUCCUCUCGCAAAGCUCGUGCCUCAGACAGCUUCCAUGUCUUGUGUUGAUGAUCUCUGGUAUAUUAAGAGGCUUUCACGACAGAGUGAUGAGGAUGAGGAUGAACUGUUGAUGAAGGGGCAAGUGAGGAAUGUGUUUGUUGAUCCUAGGGAUUUUUAG